CAAAGCAUUUAUUUCCUCUCCGAGAAGCUAACUCACUCUCUGCUUCGUCUUUUUCUCAAGAUCGAUUAGCUAACACUCCGCCGAUUAUCGGAAUUUCAGGUCACUCGUCGGAGGUCCGGCGAUGCAAGCCGCCGUCCGGUGCCCGGCCGACGCCUUUGCGUACAACAGCACGCGGUGCGCCUGCAAUCCAGGAUACCUCUACAACUCCAGCACGAACAGCUGCAGUCUGUUUUCGGAGAGGAGUCCGAAUGUGGAGCUGAGCAGCGGCGUGGACUAUGAAUCCUCCCUGGCGUUUCCGGAGACGAUAUUCUCCUUCGAUUCGAUUAAGAAGUUGACGCAGUCGCAGGCGGUGUUUCUGGAGGCGACGCUGGCGAUGCUGCUGGCUUGGUUAGGGUUUUGCCUCCUCCUCCGGUUCUCCUCCCUUGGCUCCGACGGCCGGUCGCCGUGGUUCAGAAUCCGGUGGUGGAUCAGCCGUCUCGACAUCUCGUUCGCUACUCACCAUUGGUUGGAUGACCAAAAGCCUGUAAUCAAGCGCAAAACGGAGCUCGGUGGAACCUUCUCCAUUGCCAGCUGGAUUCUCUUCAUCGGACUUUUAGCCGCGUUGCUCUACCAAAUUAUUUCCAAGAGAAGUGUUGAAGUACACACUGUCAAAGCAACCAAUGCACCCGAUUUGAUUUCCUUUUCGAAUGACUUUGAAUUCAACAUUACGACAGUGUCCAGCAUGAGCUGUGCACAGCUGAGUGGUCUCGGCACUCUUGUGACAGGGAAUCCAUUUUUCGGCGAUCAAAGAACCGUUCCCCUUUCAACAUUUUUCAAUUAUUCUUGUCUGAACACCACCGCAGGGCCAACCAUAACUUUUAAGUGCAGUCAGUGCCGGCCUGUUAGAGAUUUUACUUAUGUCUCCUGGCAGUUUGUCGAUCACCUGAAUAGCCCAGCCACUGCUGUCGGCUUUCGGUUCAACCUUACUGUAAGGAACCAUGGUGACAAGAAGCAUUUGAGUUUUGUGAGUGGGACUCUGAAGAAUGCCACGGAUUAUGACGGGACACCUGUUACGUACAGAGGGGCUCAGCCGAACAUACUGAAGUUCAAUUUGUUUCCUAGAGUAUACCAUAAUCACCACAAACUAAAGCUCAUUCAACCUCUGUUUCACGAGUUUCUUCGUGGAUCGUAUUUUAGUGAUAGAGGCCAGCUUCAGGCUUCACUCGAGAGCUCCAGAAAUGGCCUGAUCAACACUACGCUGUAUUUCAAUUUCCUCUCGUCGUAUAUCAUUGAGAUCGACAAUCAAAACAUUUUAGGGCCUGUGAGCUUCCUUGCUGAUCUCGGUGGCCUUUAUUGCAUAAGUAUUGGUAUUUUCUUCUUCUUCUUGGUGCAAUGUGAAUACAGAGUCAAGAAGCUUCGCCACGAGGAUAGCGUAAUGAAAAUGAUUAGAAAUCGUCGAAAAGCACAAGAUCGUUGGAACAAGUUGAGGAAAUAUGUGAGAUACACUUGGGGACCUUGCUCGUUGGGUGACGACACAACUGAGUCGACAGACGUAUGUUGUAAUGGCAUUAUGUCUAAAUCUCUCCAUAAAGAUGGGUCCUUACAUAGACGAAGAAUGCGACAAACACUGGACACUAUUAGUUUUGAUAAAAACGUCGCCUUGCCCGAUGAGAAGAAAUCUGUGCCAGAAGAUGUUUGCAGUCGAGUGAUUCAACCAUUCUCAACGGAAGCUCCGGCGAUCCCAGAAAGAAGUUCGUCCUACACAAAAUCUAAGCCGGGAAAUUCGGCAUCCCAUGUAAAUGAAGAACACAAAGGGUGCGAAGGUAGCCAUCGUUCUUCUUGUGCCACCGUGUGCCGGAACCACGGAUGUCCUUUGCCCAAUAUUGCUAAUCUACCACCUCUUCCAUCUUGUGAAUUCAGCAGCGGCAAUAUUGGUAUAAGCGAUCUUGAGCAGAAUGUGCGAAAGUUGUAUGAAUACAACGCAUUGUUGAGGGAACAGCUCGUUGCAGUAUCAUCUUCCCUCUCCAAGGAUGAAGAAAAAGAAGAAGAAGAAGAACAUCUACAGCGAUGAUACAGGUCAUAGCCCCCGAGCGGACAGAAAUACCUAACCACUUGAUUUACAAGGACGGGUAUUGUUGAAGUCGGAGUCAAGGUUGUGUAUGUUGUUUAAGUGUUCAACACAAAUGCUUUUGUGUUGGUGUGUGCAAGUACUCUGUAUAAUUUAUUCCCACUUUAUUUUUAUACAGGUAUAAUUAAUUUAUUGUUUAUUAUCAACGAUUCUAUAAAUAUUUGUAUCUUUGGUUUA